GCCUACACACAGUUUAUAAGUGAUAAACAAGAUUUAUUUAUUUUUAAUUCACAAAGAAGCGCCGUCUUGUGGUUUUGCAACAUGACGCUGCUUUACGGCUUUUGACUCACACGCGGGUUUGCGACAUGCUUUACGUUACUUAACUCAUGAGAGCUGAGAGAUGGAGACGCAGGAGGCUGAAGUCUUAAACCCGUGGUCGCAACAAACAGAGACAGCUACGCCGGCAACCCAAGAUGAAGCACUUUUGCCAAAAAGAGGGGGUACGUCUGUGGUUUGGUUACAUUUUGGAUUUAAGAAGUCCGACACGGAGCAGACAACGGUCAUUUGCAAACUAUGCUACAAGACUGUUCCCUCACCCGACGGCAACACGACAAACCUCUUCUAUCACUUAAAGAAGAACCACGAAAAAGAAUACAUAAGGAUCCAAAAAGUGCGAGGUAAAGCAAGCUGUGAAACAGCGGGGGGAAGUUGCAAAAAUAAAAAUCAUAGCCAGCCGAAGAUAACGGAGUCAUUAUCACGGUGCACCCCGUAUGAGAAAACUUCUCAGCGGCAUAAACAAAUCACAGUUGCCAUUGCGCAUUACAUAUGUAAAGGCAUGGUCCCCGUGUACGAAGUUGAGAAGGAGAGCUUCCGAGAGCUAGUCAAAGUACUUGACCCGAGGUACGUUAUGCCCAGUCGCAAGCACUUCAGCCAAGUGGAGUUACCUCGCUUAUAUGACGCAUGCCGGGCCAAAGUAGAAAGGGAGGUUUGCAGCGUGGGACAUUUCGCCUUGACAACAGACCUGUGGACAAGCAGGGUGACGCAGCCCUAUAUGAGUGUAACCAUCCAUUUCAUCAGUGAAGACUGGACCCUCUGCGCUCGCUGCUUACAGACUGCCUACUUUCCAGAUGACCACACAGGAGCCAUGUUAGCCCAAGGUCUGAGAGAUGCACUGGAGUCAUGGGGGCUUCAAGAAUGCCACCUUGUCUGUGUCACCACAGAUAAUGCCACCAACAACAUAACUGCAAUGGAACUGAAUGAAUGGCAACGGCUACAAUGCUUUGGUCACCGUCUCCAGCUAGCUAUUGAGAACGCUUUGAAAGCUCUCACACCAGCAUCUACAAAGCAGGCUGUGGAACGUGCAGUUGGGGUCUGUAAAAAGGUUGUGAGUGCAUUCUCCAACUCGUGGAAGAGAAAACGUGACUUGGCCAAGGCUCAAGCAGUGCUGGGCUUGCCUCCCCAUCAGCUCAUCACUGAAACCCCCACAAGAUGGGGUUCACGGCAGCAGAUGAUCCAGAGGUUCCUGGAGCAGGAGAAAGCUCUGUCACAGGUCCUUCUUGCAGACAAGAAGGCAAGAAAUCUGGUGCCAAGCUGGCAAGAUAUGAUGGUACUAGAGUCCAUGAACAAGGCACUGGGUCCACUGUUCGAGUUUAUUGAUGCUUUAUCGGGGGAGAAGUACGUCACCGUAUCUUUUCUGAAACCAGUACUGCACCUCUUCAACAACGAAAUACUAAGCCAAAAAGAUGGGGACACAGAGCUCUCAAAAGCAAUCAAAGAGGGUAUUCUUAAGUACCUCAAUGAAAAGUAUGAUGACUGUACCACCAACAACCUUCUAGACAUGGCGACAUUUGUUGACCCACGGUUUAAGACAGCCUAUAUGAAGGAGGAGAGGGUGGAGUUUAUAAAGAUGAGAGCUGCAGCAGAGCUGGUGGACAUGGCAACACCGGCACCUGAAAAUGCAGAGACAGCCACCUUCAUUUCACCACCAGCUGCUGAAGAUAAUCCAGACCUUCCUUAUCCAACAAAGAAGACAAAGAAGAGUUUGGGAAGCUACUUCAAAAAGGCACCAGCUGCAGGCCAAGGCACCAGCCGCUCUCAGUCAAGCAGAGCAUCCAUUGAACUGGAGCUCUCCAUGUAUCUUCAGACACCUGGGCCUGAUUCAGAGGCUGACCCUCUGGUAUGGUGGAAACAACACGAGUUAAACUUCCCAUUAGUGGCCAGGCUUGCUAAGAAGUACUUGUGCAUUCCUGCUACUAGUUCUUCAUCUGAACGGGCCUUCAGUGUGAGUGGAAACAUUGUCACAUGUAAGAGGUCAUGUCUUAAGCCAAAUACAGUUGACCAACUUGUCUUCCUCGCACUCAACCUAUAGAUUUGACAGAAACAACAUUUCUACGUCGACAAUGUCAGACCAGAUCAGACAUACUUUAUGUUUGCACUUUUUUGAUG